CCUUAGUGCGUCUGGGCUGUGCCACCAUUUUGUGCUGCAAUUGCGGCUUUUUGCCGGUGUUUUUCUCCUGCCUUGCUCCGCGUGUGCGAGUCGAAACAACGGCUCCAUGGCGGAGAGCCACUCAGCUGCUGGGCAGGGGGAAUCUCCGUCCUUGGGUGGCUCCGGAGUCUCCAGCUGGGAGCCUGAAAACCGCCGGCGGCUGAGCGAGCUACGCGUGAUAGAUUUGCGGGCUGAGCUCAAGCGCCGCAAUUUAGACAGCGGUGGGAACAAGAGCGUCCUCAUGGAGCGGCUCCGGAGGGCUAUCGAGGAAGAAGGAGGAAAUCCUGAUGAAAUCCCAAUGGUGUCAGAAAAUGUGAAGAAAACUCCCAAAAGAAGCAGCAAAGGACGUAGAGCAGAUGAAGAGGGAGUAGAAGAUAAUGGCCUGGAAGAGGAUUCGGGAGACGGACAGGAGGACAUUGAAGCAAGUUUGGAUAACUUGCAGGAUAUUGACAUGAUGGAUAUUAGUGUGUUAGAUGAAGCUGAAAUAGAUAAUGGCAAUGCAGUAGAUUGCACAGAGGAUUACAGUGCUGAUAAUAUUCUUGACUCGCUGUCUGAUAGUAAAGAAAAUGCUGAUGCAGAAGUGAAAGAACACCCAGAGCAGCCUGCAGAAUAUGCUGUAGGUAACUUGGAGGCAUCCCCACAAUUGUCAGAGAUUAAAGAAGAAUCAAGAGAAAUACCAGUAGUGAUGGUAGAGAUUGAAGAUGUUGGAAACAGUUUAGAUGCUUCUUCAUCUGAUCUAACUGCACUAAAGGAACUUGAAGAGUUACCUUUGGAGCCAGAAAAUGAGAAAAUACUCGACAUUUUGGGGGAAACUUGUAAAUCUGAAGUGCUUAACGAAGAGCCUUGCGAGGCGGAGCGGCCACACGCCCAGGAAGCCAGUAACGUGGUGCCAGGCAAGAGGCUAGCGGAGGAAGAGGACGCUCUUGCUGCCGCUCAGUCGGAGGAAGAUGCUUUAGAUUUGGACAGCAAAUCGGCCCAAGCUAUGGCAAGGAAGGAAGCAAAGCGUUUAGUUGUAGCAAAAGGGGAGACAAGUGAACAGACAAUAGAGGAAGAGAAGCUGGACUCUGCCUCUUUAGUAGUAGAGAGCCUAAGCGAUCAGAGUAGCAAACGCUCCCAAGGCCUGGAAGCCUCUAGUGGGGAAGCGGCGGCCAAAGGCGCAGGCCCCGAAGGCAGCAAAGCUAGCAAAGAAGAUGGCAAGAAAACAGAAGACAAAGCUAAUUCUGAGGAACCCCCUGCUACUAAAGAGUCCUCAGCCAGUGAGGGCGCUGAUCAGAAAAAGAGCCCUGUUGAGGAGGACAGAGAUGCAAAGAUAAUCUCAAAGGAUGAGAAAGGCCGUGUGAGUAGUUCUUCUGGCAGAAAUCUGUGGGUCAGUGGACUUUCAUCCUCUACUAGAGCUACAGACUUAAAGAACCUUUUCAGCAAGUAUGGAAAGGUGGUCGGUGCAAAAGUAGUGACAAACGCUCGCAGUCCUGGCGCUCGCUGUUACGGCUUCGUCACCAUGUCCACCUCCGAGGAAGCCACUAAGUGUAUUAAUCAUCUCCACAGGACAGAGCUGCAUGGCAAAAUGAUUUCUGUGGAAAAGGCGAAAAAUGAACCGGCUGGGAAAAAGCCUUCGGACAAAAAGGAAAGUGAAACCAGGAAGGACAAAGACAGGCACCACUCUGCAGAGUCCAAAUCUGAGAAGUCUGGUGGUGCUAGGAAGGAGGACAGGAGCGACAAAAAAGAUGAUAAGAAGUCAGAAAAAGAUGGAAAAGAUGAAGGCAAAGGAAAAGAUGAACUAAAAUCUGGAUCCUCUGAUAGAUCCAGGGCAAGCAAGUCAGCCAGUCGAGGAACAGAAAGGACAGUGGUGAUGGACAAGUCUAAAGGAGAACCAGUGAUUAGUGUGAAGACUUCUACAUCCAAAGAGAGGAGUACCAAGAGCCAGGAGCGCAAGUCGGAGAGCAAGGAGAAGCAGGACAUCCUGUCCUUCGAUAAAAUCAAGGAGCAGCGGGAACGGGAGCGGCAGCGGCAGAGGGAGCGAGAGAUCAGGGAGACGGAGAGGCGACGAGAGAGGGAGAGGCGAGAGCGAGAGCAGCGCCUGCAGGCCAUCCACGAGCGGGAUGAAAGGCAGCGGCUGCAGAGGGAGCGGGAACGGCUGGAAUUCCAGAGGCAGCGUCUGGACAGAGAGCGUCUGGAGAGGGAGAGGCUGGAGAGAGAACGGAUGCACAUAGAGCAGGAGAGGAGGAGGGAGCAGGAGCGCAUCCAGCGGGAGAGGGAAGAGCUGCGGCGGCAGCAGGAGCAGCUGCGCUACGAGCAGGAGCGGCGCUCUGCCAUGAGGAGGCCUUAUGAUCCUGACUGCAGGCGAGACGACCCCUACUGGCCCGAGGCCAAGCGGCUGGCCAUGGAGGAUCGGUACCACUCCGACUUCAGCCGCCAGGAUCGCUUCCACGACUUCGACCACAGGGAGCGGGGCCGGUACCAGGAUCAUUGUUUGGACAGCCAUUGGAAUUAUGAUUUCUGUGUUGAUUCAACUGAAACUUCUCAUUUUCAUUCCAGAAGAGACGGUUCCAGAGGACUCCCAGAUCGAGAUGGGCAGCACUACCCAGACGAGCGCCACGGAGGGCCCGAACGGCACUCCCGGGACACCUGGAGUGGUUAUGGCUCUGACAGAAGAAUGAGUGAAGGGAGGGGGAUGCCCCCCCAGAGCCGGCGGGGAGGCUUCACACAAGUGGGAGCCCAGAGCCAGCUGCUGCAGGGCAGCGGAAUGCAGGGAGUGUUCGCGGGGCAGGACCGGCCCAGCCGCGGCGCGGACGGCCGCUUCGCCCGGCGCUACUGAAGGCAACUGUACAGACACAGAGCUCUAUUUUUUGUAAUGCCAGAUGACAAUGGUGGUGAAUUUUAUUAACUUAGGGACACCUUCAAAUCUCUGAUUUCCGAAAAGGGAAGAUUUGCUGCCAAGCUGGAGCCAAAUCUUCACAGCGACUUGUCCGGUUUGGGUUUUCCUCUCCUGUUGGCUUUUGGUAACGUGCUCUCGGUCAGCCAUCACUUCAGAAAGGUUUUUUGGUUAGUCAAACAUUCCAUUUUUCAGAAAGAAUAAAAGAAAAAAAUCACUUUCCAGGCUUAA